AUGCCGCCUGAUCGGGGUCGUGCCUCUCGAGCAUGCACCUCAUGUAGAAAACAAAAGACCAGAUGCUAUGAGGCCGGGGUUCCUGGACGAGCAUGUAUGCGAUGCGAACGACUUCACCAAAAUUGCUCGCUCGUUCAAAUCAUGACCUCUGACGAGGAAACCGUCGUCCCCGCACCUGGGACGAAUGCUCGUUUAGAACGUCUCGAAAAGACGGUGGCUACUCUCCUCGAUCGACUUGGAGAAGGUCCAGCAAAAGCUCCCGGUCAUGAAUCGAGUAGGCCUACCCCCGUGCAGACAAGCCCGGGGUCUGGCGGUGCGUAUAAGGACGCAGAAUCCUCCACGGCCCCGAUCAUGGUCAUCCGCGAUCUAGCAACGGACAACGGAAUCAAACCAAUGUCCGAUGCUAGAUCUCUAGGGGUGGUAUUGGACGAUCUAAUUUCGCCUGAACUUUCACUUAAACUUAUCACAAUUUUCCUCGAAUAUUACGGUCGAUGGGUUCUCUUCGAUCCCGAUUGUGAGCCAAGUGAGCUUCUCCGCCGAGUAAAAAGAUCGAGCUUGCUAUUCUGUGCUUGUUCUCUGAUUGCUGUGCGGCACACUUCUGAGGAACUAGCCGCAAGCCUUGCUCCUAAGUUGUAUGAGUAUGCCCGCUCUCUUGCUUCCGACACUCUACUAGUUGCGCCGCAGCCCAUUGAGUUCUUCCAGGCUACCUUGAUCCUGUCUAUGUGGUCGACGACUGUCGGACAGGUGCCUUUAAGUAUUGAUAGCUGGCUUCUGAGUGGGUUCGCCCUACAGCACUCCCAUUCGAGUCCGCUAUUUACUGCUGUCACGACCCAAUCUCAUCCUCCAAAUAGAAUGGACGGAGAAACUACGAACAGUUGCUAUCUGUGGAAUCAUCUCUGUCUUGCUCAUAUGCACUAUUGUGUUGGAACCAGCCGUCGAUCCAUGCUACAAGCCUGGCAAAUCGAGCGAUGCCGUGCUAUCAUUUCUUCAGACCACGCGACAAAUUUUGAAGUGCGCAUGGUGGCCGAGAUUUAUCUUUACUGGACUGUAUAUGAGCACCUCGUUCAUGAGUCGGUUGAUUUGCUGAAAGCAGUGGCAGCUUUGCAGGACUGGCGACGAAAAUGGGAAUUUGUGCUUGAGCAACCGAGAUCUCAGUUUCUCUCAAUGGGCUUCCAUUUCUCCCAUCUACUUCUCUACGAACAUGCUCUAAAAGCCCAGUCUGCCCGAGCCCGGGAACCAAUCGUGUCGGAAAUGAUUCGCCACGCCACGGAAAUUGUGCAACUGGCCAUGGAUACAGUAGAUGAGCGCACCCGCCAUUUGACCGAUCACAUCUAUCACAUGAUCACCUUUGCAGCGAUUGUCAUCUGCCGGUUACUGAAUGCCCACCAAGACCAGGUGGCCUCGACUCACAAUAUCGACGAGCUCGAGUUGCUCGUACGUGACUUAGUGCAGUGGCUAAAUUGCAUUGGGUUACCAUGCCAUGCGGCGCAUACUCUGGGAAAUAUCAUCACGAAGGUGCAACAAAAACUACGACCGCACGUCGAGCUACCGCCAGCAAAUCCGCAAGCAGACGAGCUACUUGGCGAACUUAACAAUUACUAUUUCCCGGAAUUUCUCGGAUUGGGGAUCUCGGCUAAUGGGGAUUGGGAUCUUAUGUCAAACAUGGGUCUCUUUCCAGAAAGCCCAUCUAUGCCAGGGAGACCUGACUGA